UGUCGCGAACACAGCAAAGAAAUUGGAAUGUCGAUUCUGUCAGAGAAUCUAUUCCAAAGCAGAGCAUCUGACAGUGUACGACCGUUUACUUGCAAAGAGUGUAACCGUGCCUUUAGUCGACAAGACUCAUUAGCUCGCCAUGAGAAACUCCAUUUGCGAAGGGAGAGCAUGAAGUGUGCUUCACCUGCUACUUCUGUCUAUACACCAGCCAAAUCUCACGCACUGCAGCAUUUGCUGGCGGCUGACGAGGAGAUUGACAAUCGCAAUUAUGUACAACCCUCAGAUCAUGGUACCACGCAAACUUGGCAUGAACAACCAUAUCAAGUUGAACCCGAUAUGAUGGACAUGAAUUGUGCAACAGAUCUUGACUUUCAGUUGAUAUGGCCUGAUUCUGAGGAGCUGUUCCAAUCAAUCAUGUCUACAGACACGACCUCGCAAAUCCCAGUGGGCACUUUGCCAUUCCCACAGGGGCUUGAACAAUUUACACCAACCAGUCUUGACUCGCCUACUGCCUUCGAUGAUCGAGGAUCAGCUAUCAAGGCCAUCCCUAACGGUGGUGGACACCAGGCUGUUCAUGGUGUCAGCAAGAUGAUUUCGAAUCUGGCUGAGGCUACAUCUAUUACUUCAGUGUUUCUAGAUGAGUGCCUCCACAUGUUCUUCGUUCGCUUUAUACCUACAUUUCCCGUCUUGCAUCGCGCCACAUUCGUGUUCCGAGAAUGCACGCAUCCCUUGCUCAUAAACGCCAUCGCCAUAGGCUCGCUGUAUCUUGGUCCCAAGGACUCUAUUGCGAAAGGUGAAGCCUUAUGGCGUCUUUCUCAUACAGCAAUUGCAACUUCAUGGCAGAGUCUGAUCACCCAUCGAGGGCCGAACGAUCCGUGUAACGGACUCCAACUGGUAUUGGCUGCUCUGCUCGGCCAGGUCUAUGCAGCACUUUCAAAGGUCAGAAGUUAUGCUGAAUAUUGUCUGGAUGUCACUGACAAGUCGUCANNGAACCGGGUGCUUCGAACCACAUCGCAAAUAUUCCAUGCUCUUGGCUUCUCAUGGGCAAGGCAUUGUGGCAUGUACGACAACGACACAUACUCGAUGGACGAUUUACCUUCGCUAGACGCCUCUCCAGCGGANAAAGACCGUCAAUGGAAGAUUUGGGCUGCUCAUGAGAUUCAACGAAGAGUUCUCCUCGCUCAGUACAUUCUAGAUGGUCUAGUCUCAUCGGCUAGUGGCAACCCUACUUCGACGCGGCACGCUGCUAACCAGCUUGGACUACCCUGCGAUGAGAGCCUGUUCGAAGCAAGUACUGCAGAUGAGUGGCUGAUCAAGAUGCGAUCACAACCCAAGCAGAAUGUCUCAUUUCGUAGCAUAUUCCGAUCGCUGUUUCUACCAGUUGAUAUUGGAAGACUGCCGGAGCACACCUUGACUUCCUUCUCAUUACGUGUGAUCUUGGAGGGUGUGCAGUCGCUUGUUUCAGACUCUACUGACGGCCCAUCUGUCGGUGUCCCAACACGCUCUGAGAUCCGCAGGGCACUGGCUCAAGUCCACGAAAGCAUCACCAAGAACACGAUAUCCAGUCCCGAGACGCUUGAGGCCUUGUUGCGAUGGCAUUCGAUCUGCCUCGAUGCCGCCACGGACUCAUCCAUGCUUUGUCGCCAUCUGUGUGCUCGCUACAACAUUGCACAGCAUGUGCUAGGAGGCAGCAGAGGCUUGAAGGCAGGACUAGAUCUGGUCGCCUGGGCAAAGACUGAAGAUGCCCGCAGAGCAUUGCUCCAUGCUGUCGCGAUUCAGGAUAUCGUGGAGCAGCUUCCUCGCGGUCGAGCUCAUGUCCUUCACAUGCCCAGUUCUCUGUUUGCUGCAGCCACGGUGUACAGUGUCUUCUCGUUAGCAGGUCACACGACAGUCAAUCUGCCUCGCGUCGUGGACUGGAAGGAUGCGCUCUUCACCGAAGUCGACCCUUGCGUUAUCCUCGGCGAUCUUGCAGGUACAUCAGCGGGAUCGAGCACGACGAGAAGAUUUGUUCGUGGCGAGAAGCUUUCAGGUAGCGGUUAUGAAUCGCUGACUCGCAACUUGUUAUACGAGCUCAACUCGAUGCAGAAGCUGUUCCGUUGUCUCAGCUCACAAUGGGGGCUCGCUUAUGACAUGGAGUCUCUGUUGAAUUCGUGGAUAUCACUUUGUCACUAA